CGUCUUAAAUUUCUUUUUCAACUCAUUAUGCUAACUGCAUGCUUACAUUACAUUUACAAACGUGUUAGAGUAGUACAAUGAUAGGAAAGAUGUUUUCCAACAUCAAAACUAUUUUAGUUGGACUUACAAUUUUAAUUGUGUUCAAUGAUGUUAAUGCAGACUCGUGUUCAACUGCAUGUACAUGGAUAACGUGGGAGUCAUGGGGCUCUUGCUCCUCUUCUUGCGGAGGAGGUUAUCAAAUAAGAAACCGGGAUGCUUGUUGUAGAAGUGACGCAACAUUUGAUGAAUGCAUGAAUGAAUGUCACAUGCAAUCAUCCGAUUCAAGGGAAAGACGAUGUUGCAAUACUUUCUGCAGUAACGGCGGUUCUUGGACAUAUUUGGACAGAUCAAGUUGCACGGGCCGCUGUACCUGUCCUAAGGGAUUUAAAGGAAGUUGCUGCCAAACAGCUUGCAAAUAUAUACCACAUUGCCUACCAAAUGAAACAGAAUGCAAUAUCAUAGGUGCACAAUGUCUUAAAUGCAGUCCACCUUAUAUUUCAACUGGAUGGAAAGGAACGUGUAGAAGCCCCUUGUGUACUCCUAUGUGCAAGAAUAACGGCACAUGUAUAUCUGACAAUGUAUGUGACUGUGCUCCAGGAUUUAUAGGGGAACGAUGUAAUCUCGGUGGAAGUAUGGAAUCAUACCUGGUACCAACUUUGCAUGCAGUCGAGCAAAAACCGUUUCGACCAUUAUCUUGGUACGACCAACCUUCAUUUUCGGAGUUUGGUAGAGUUUGUCACAUCAAAAUCACAAUGGAGAACACUCCUGCGGAAACAUUGGUACUAGCAGAAAGCAGAAAUCUAAAUGGAGAAACCUACGGAAAUUUUACAACUGGCCCGAUUGAUAGCAAGGGAAGCCUAAAUGCAACAACUCGAACUGCAUGUCUACAGAUACGUUGUCCUUCGGAUGCAAAGGGAAACGAUUUGCAUACAAUUGACGUACAAGUCUACCCAGUGACUGGAACUGGAACAUGUACAAUAAUGAAAACAAAAGAUAACAUAAAUGUAACAGUUCGAAACCAACCAAUGUCACACGAUAAGAUUCAACUGCAAAUCGACUAUGGAAAUAAUUAUGGCCCAGCUUAUGGGCUAUACUUUGGCAUGGGAACAAGAGACAAUGCAAUAUAUGCGACUAGACAACAAUGCUUGAGCGGUACAAAUUUCAAUGUUAAUGAAAUAAACACUUCAAAUGGUGUGUUUGCAGUAUAUAAAUGCUUGCAAUAGAACAUAUUUAUUAUUCAGAAUCAGGUAAAUGAAAUACACUAAAGUAAACUAAAUACUUCGUAUCGAAUUAUGUUUCUGAAAAACAACAACAACAAAAAAAACAAAAAAAAAAACAAAAACAACAAAAAGAAAACUUAAUAGUCCAUUUUUCAUCGCUUUUUGUUUAAUAUUGGGUUGCUUUUAGUGAUGUUUUCAAAUUUUUGCUCAUUCGUAUAUACUGACUUGUUUAUUUGUAAUGUUAUUCCUUGCCAUACUUAAAAUGGAAAGUUGUGAAAAUAAAGCCCCGGCUAACACAUUUAUGGCCAACUUUUCAAAUAUCCUAGAGUUCUUCUGAUUACUCUGAAAAUGUCAGAGAGUUCUUCUGAUAACUUUUGUAACUGCCAGUGUGUUUCUUCUCGCGCUAAGUUACGGCUCGUUUUAGCGUUUUUUAUUUGUCAAAAAGGGUGUAAAUUAUUAUGGAACAAAAAACGCUCCUUCUUUGCACACGAAAAUGUGACUAUUACAUGUUGGUUUUGAGUUUUUAAAGAUGAGAAUUGCCAUUUUUGACGAAUGUGUCUUCUUUUGACGGACGUUUCUUCGAUAUAUACAAAAGUUUUCCGACGAACUUCUUGGCAGUUAUCAGGAAAACUCAUGACAAGUUAUCAGAAGAACUGCAUAUACCGUGUAACAGUCCCUCCUCCGUAGGAUAUACAUGUGCUUAUAAAUUGAUAAUUGUUGACUAUGACAACAGUUUUACUAAUCUCAAAAGUUAAAUAUUAAAUUGAAGAACUA